CGGGCUGGGGGCUGCAGGGCUGCACGGGGAGGUGCACCGGAGGCCGUGGGGAUUUUGGCAGCGUGUUUUGGAGGAGAGGGCUUCUUGGACAGCGCGUUGCACGGGCAGCCAGGGGUAGGGCUUCGGUGUGCACCCUCCUCCUCCCCAGCGAAGAUCCGCCCCGGGGGAAGCGCAGCGACCGGAGCCCCAAGGGAGCCGAGGCGGCUCGACAGACUGCAUCUCCCUCUGCCACCCGCCCCGGGGCUCGGCGAUUUCACACUCGGGCGGCCGCUCUGCGCUGCGCCAUGCGGGAGCACUUGGCCAUGUCCUCCUCGGGAAAAGCAGACGCCGUCGCCUCCUGCCUCCCCUCGCAUUGCUUUGACCCCCUGACCAGGUUCUGCGUGAGGUGCUCCGACCUCUUCAAGGACAACGCAACAGAGCCCAUCCACGUGGCGUCCACCACGGCCCCCCCCCCCCCCCAGCCCACCAGGGACCAGCCCCGCAACCACCCUUUGGUCGGGGUCUCUGUCUUGCUGGUGCUCCUCCUGUUUCUGGCCGCCCUCUGCGGCCUCUUGGCCUUCAAGGCAAGGAAGCAGAGGAGGAAGAGGAGGAAGACAGAGCAGGAGGCCAAAGAAAGCCUGGGUGAAACCGGCCCCCUGCCCAGCCCCGGUUACCCAGACCCCGCUGCUCCGGAGGGGGAGGCCGACCCGGCGCGGGGCCCCUGCCCGCACCUCAAUGGAGGCCUGAAGGCGCCAGGACCGCCCGGGAGGGACAGCGUGAAGCGGCGGCCGUGCUGCCAGGGCGAUGUCGAGCGCGACGUGGUGCUGCUGGCCGCCACCUGGCCCCACCACGAGGAGCACGGCCACGGCUUCCCGCUGCCGGCCACCGAGCUGGGCGCCACCGCCUUGGUCACCACCAAAACCACCCAGGACUGCGUGGGCGAGGAGAGACCGUGACGGAUGGGGAACGGGGCUGGGGCUCUCCGGCUGUCCCCUGCAGCCAGCCAGAGCCCUUCCCCAGGCAUGCAAGGCCUCGUGUGGACCUGAGCUGCAACAGAACUGGGCUUUGCCACUUGUCACUUUUGCCACUUGGCCAUUUUUGUGGAUUGUGUUCCUGUAAUCGCCAGAGGAAGCCUAAGGAUUCACAUCUGGAAGAGGCAGGAAUGGGGCCGGUGAGAAGGGAGCAUCACGGGGACUGCUCUGCCUUCUGCCAGGCUGCCAUAGUGCAGGCGUGGGUGAACUCGGGAGCCCGGAUGGGUCUGCUCCUGGAGGGGGGACUUGUAGGGACAUGGGGCUGGACGGCCAGAAAGGGGGGAAGCAGGGGGUACGUUAAGAUGAAACCCAUCGCCAUUAUCUCAAAUUUUUGCUCCUGACUUCAAUAAAAUGAGUCUUGGGGCCAAAGGGAGCAAAGCUCAUCCAGCAUCUUCUCCAUGCACAGUCCUGCCUCCCCAUCUCCUUCUCGCUGUGACACCCAGGUCCCCAUUCCCUCGGGGUGCUCUCGUGCGGCGGCAGGCACCCGCGGGCAGUGGUGGG